GGCGGCGGCGCUGCGGCCGCGAGGGAGGGCAGCGAGAGCUGCAGGGCCGGACGAGGAUCCCCGCGCCCGCGCAGCCGGCUCUACCGCGGCGGCGUUCCGGCCGACGCUCGGGACCCUGCAGGCGGCGUCGCAGAUUUCUGCCCGGCAGAUAGCCAAAGGCAAGAGGGACCAAUCUAUCUACGUUCUGAGCGCCACCCUCUACAAGACCCUCUUAAUAGAGCCGAGGCCCAAGUUCACUGUGCUCCCAUUCCCCCACCCCAGACAUUACUCUGGGGUCUGCCUGAGGCCAUCGAUGUGAAGAUGACCAGUGCCUUCCUAGCAUGACGACCUUGGACCAUGUGAUCGCCACCCACCAGUCAGAGUGGGUCUCCUUCAAUGAGGAGCCACUCUUUCCUGUCCCUUCUGAGGGGGGCACGGAAGAGCACGUCCCAGCACCCUCGUCUUACUCAGACCAGUCUGAGGGCUCCUCCGGGGAGAACCAUGUGGUGGAUGGAGGCUGUCAAGACCUUUCCCACUCAGAGCAGGAUGACUCCUCUGAAAAGUUGGGUCUCAUCUCUGAAGCGACCUCCCCUCCUGGGAGCCCCGAGCAGCCCUCACCUGACCUGGCCUCGGCUAUCAGCAACUGGGUUCAGUUUGAAGAUGACACCCCCUGGGCCAGUACAUCACCACCUCAGAAGGAAACAGCCCUGCCACUGACCAUGCCCUGCUGGACGUGCCCUUCCUUCGACUCCCUGAGGAGAUGCCCUCUGACCUCCGAGAGCAGCUGGACCACACAUUCUGAAGAUACCAGUAGCCCCAGUUUUGAUCCCUCAUACACAGACCUGCAGCUCAUCAGUGCCGAGGAGCGGAUGAGUGGCAAGGCUUCUCAGGCUGGCUCGACUGACGAGAGGACGGAGUGGCAGACAGGCAGGCAGACGGCUGUGAGUCCUGUUCAAGCAUGCACGGAGCAUACCUCUACCUGCACCCAGGGCCUGGACCCCUCGCCACCCCUACCCCACCCCAGGAGGAGCCAGAGCCCCUGCGAGGGACCGGAAGGGGACUCUGUUCCCAAUGACAGUUCUUCCUCAGUCCAGGAAGAUGAAGAGGUAGAGAUGGAGGCUAUCAGCUGGCAGGCCAGUAGUCCAGCCAUGAAUGGACAUCCUGCCUCUCCAGUAACCUCUGCUCGUUUCCCCAGCUGGGUCACUUUUGAUGACAAUGAGGUCAGCUGCCCUUUGCCACCAGUCACCUCUCCCCUGAAGCCAAACCCACCACCUAUUGCAUCUGUGACCCCAGAUGUACCUCAUCACUCAGCUGGGUCAUUUAAGAAGAGGGAACGUCCCAAGAGCACUUUGAUGAACUUUUCCAAAGUUCAGAAACUGGACAUUUCAUCCUUAAACCAUCCACCUUCCAUAAUGGAGGCUCCACCUUGGAGGGCAACCAAUCCUUUCCUGAAUGAGACUCUGCAGGAUGUCCAACCCUCCCCUAUCAACCCUUUCACUGCUUUCUUUGAGGAGCAGGAGAGGCGCUCCCAAAACAAUUCCGUUUCCAGUGCCACAGGCAAGAGCCAAAGGGAUUCUCUCAUUGCCAUCUACCAGGAUGCUAUCUGUUUUGAUGACUCAAGCAAAACCCAGUCCCACUCUGAUGCUGUUGAAAAACUCAAGCAACUCCAGAUUGAUGACCCUGAUCCUUCAGGCAGUGCGACGCUACCAGAUGAUGACCCCAUAGCCUGGGUUGAACUAGAUGACCACCCACCUGGUUCAGCACUGUCCCAGCCCAGAGAUGGGUGGCCAAUGAUGCUAAGGAUCCCUGAGAAGAAAAACAUCAUGUCGUCUAGGCACUGGGGACCCAUCUACAUCAAACUAACAGACAGUGGUUACCUGCAGCUGUAUUAUGAGCAGGGUCUAGAAAAACCAUUCCGUGAGUUCAAGCUGGAGAUCUGCCAUGAAAUUUCGGAACCCCGGCUCCAAAACUAUGACGAGAAUGGCAGGAUCCACAGCUUACGAAUAGACCGUGUCAUCUACAAGGAGAAGAAGAAAUACCAGCCCAAACCUGCUGUGGCCCACACAGCAGAGAGGGAACAAGUGAUUAAGCUGGGCACCACCAAUUAUGACGACUUCCUGAGUUUCAUCCGUGCUGUUCAGGACCGGCUCAUGAAUCUGCCGGUGUUGUCAAUGGACUUGAGCACAGUUGGCUUGAACUACCUGGAAGAGGAGAUUACUGUGGAUGUCAAGGAUGAAUUCUCUGGCAUUGUGAGCAAAGGAGACAACCAGAUUCUCCAGCACCAUGUCUUGACGCGGAUCCACAUUCUGAGUUUCCUCUCUGGGCUGGCAGAGUGCCGCCUGGGUCUCAACGAUGUCCUUGUCAAAGGGAACGAGAUAGUUUCCCGGCAAGACAUCAUGCCCACCACCACCACCAAGUGGAUCAAGCUCCAUCAGUGCUGUUUUCAUGGGUGUGUGGAUGAGGACGUGUUCAGCAGCUCACGGGUUAUUCUGUUCAACCCUUUGGAUGCCUGCCGCUUUGAGCUCAUGCGUUUCAGGACAGUAUUUGCAGAGAAGACCUUGCCUUUCACACUCAGGACGGCAGCAAGCAUCAACGGGGCGGAGGUGGAGGUGCAGAGCUGGCUCAGGAUGUCAGCCGGCUUCUCCUCUAACCGAGACCCUCUCACUCAGGUUCCCUGUGAGAAUGUGAUGGUUCGAUACCCCGUGCCCAGUGAGUGGGUGAAAAACUUCCGCAGGGAAAGCGUCCUGGGGGAAAAGUCUUUAAAAGCCAAAGUGAACCGGGGGGCGAGUUUUGGCUCAGCCAGUAUGUCUGGCUCUGAGCCUGUCAUGAGAGUAACUCUGGGAACUGCCAAGUAUGAACAUGCCUUCAACUCCAUUGUGUGGAGGAUAAACCGACUGCCUGACAAGAACUCAGCUUCUGGUCACCCUCACUGUUUCUUCUGCCACCUUGAACUUGGCUCUGACCGGGAAGUGCCUUCCAGAUUUGCCAGUCACGUGAAUGUGGAGUUCAGCAUGCCCACAACUUCUGCCUCCAAAGCCGCUGUGAGAUCCAUCUCCGUGGAAGACAAGACUGACGUCAGGAAGUGGGUCAAUUAUUCCGCACACUACAGCUACAAGGUGGAAAUUGAGCAGAAAAAGAAUUUGAAGCCAGAUUUUGAAGGAGAUGAAAUGGAAAAUCCCAAGGAGUGUGGGGUCCAGUGAUGAAGCCCUUUUGCGGGAGGGGCCUGAC